UCGUUGAAUAAUACUCCGGCCGGCCGGGAUCUGAGCUGAGCUAUGGCGGCCAUUGUAGAUGCCGUAGUUGGGGAUCUGGCAACCCAGCUAGUUCAUUUCGUUGAGGAAAACGCGUCGUUAACGGUGGGAAUAAAGGGCGAAAUCGAGGAACUCCUCACCGACCUCAAAACGUUCGGCGCCAUACUGAAGCAAGCGUCGAAGAACGAAGGCGCCAACGACAACGACGUCCUAAAAGACGCCGUGGAGAAUAUGCGGAACUUGAAAACCGACGCCGAGGACGCCAUCAGUAAGUACACUGUGGAGAAAAGGAAGCAUAAAGAUAAAGGGAUAGUGAUGAGGAAGUUGGAAGCACCGGUUUACUACGCCAAGGUUAAUGGGCUUGCUAAAGAGAUCCAAGCCAUCAAAAAAAGGGUUGCCAAAAUCCGGCAAGACAACGCUCAAGCUAUUCAGGAACUCAUACAUAAUCCCAAUAGAGAUGGUCAACCUACUCUACCCAGGAUGGCUCCUGUGGUAGAAGAAGAAGAUGUGGUGGGCUUUGCAGAAGAGGCAAGAGUUAUAAAAAACCGUCUCAUAAAUGGAUCGGACAAUUUGACAUUCAUUUCAAUCAAAGGGAUGGCAGGCUUAGGCAAAACCACAUUGACUAAAAUGGUGUAUAAGGAUCGUGAUCUUCAGCAUGAUUUUUUCACUUGCAUUUGGGUUUAUGUCUCGAGAACCUUUAACCGAAGGUUGAUAUUUUUGGACAUUCUGAGUAACUUCACCAAAGAAACUAAAAAGUUUCAUGAUAUGACUGAUGAGACUUUAUCUGAAAAAAUACAAGAGUUUCUUGGGGACAACAAGUAUUUUAUUGUAAUGGACGAUGUAUGGACGGUGAAAGAUUGGGACUGCUUGAAGAUUGCUUUUUCCAACAAUAAGAAAGGCAGUAGAGUAUUGGUCACCACUCGGCACGAAAAAGUGGCUUCUCAUAUUGAUUCUGAUGGUAAACCUCACCAACUAAAAUUUUUGACAAAUAAUGAAAGUUGGGAGCUGCUGGCUAAAAAAGUUUUUCGUAAAGAGAGAUGCCCUUCUUUCUUAGAGACUCCUGGUAUGUGCAUAGCAAUAAAAUGCAAAGGAUUACCACUUGCUAUAGUGGUAAUUGCUGGUGUCCUAGAUAAAAAUAGCACAGCUAAUGAGUGGAAAAAAGUAGCAGAAGAUCCCUUCCCAGUGAUAGGUAAUCAAGAAAACCAAAGCUACUAUGAACUUGUAAAAUUGAGUUAUGAUCACUUACCUGUCCACUUGAAAGACUGCUUCUAUACCUUGGUGUUUUUCCUAUUGGACAUGAGAUUGAUGCCUGGAAAUUGAUUCGUUUGUGGAUAGCUGAAGCAUUCAUUCCUGUAAAGGAGGGUGGAUACACCUCGGACUUAGAGCGUACAGCUGAGAAAUAUUU